GUAUAAUUGUGCUGCUAUAAGUAGCUUCCCGGAAAUUAUGUAGUUCGUAGAAACUUUAAGACUGGAACUGUGUAUUAGGCAGAUACAUUACAUGAGGUGCCGAUUUGCGUAAUAGAUUCAAGGGAACACGCUUCAUCAACAACCAUGGAAGAGUAUGCCCGUGAACCAUGUCCCUACCGUAUAGUCGACGAUUGUGGAGGAGCAUUUGCUAUGGGUUGUAUUGGAGGUGGUGUUUUUCAAGCUAUUAAAGGAUUCCGAAACGCUCCAUCAGGAUUUAACCGGCGUUUGCUGGGAAGCUUAACAGCAAUAAAAAGCCGGUCUCCUAUUAUAGCCGGAAAUUUUGCUGUAUGGGGCGGAAUGUUCAGCACAAUCGAUUGUACACUGGUCCAUUUUCGGAAGAAGGAAGACCCGUGGAACUCCAUUAUUAGUGGUGCUGCCACGGGAGGAAUUUUGGCAGCCAGAAACGGCGUUCCUGCUAUGAUCGGUAGUGCGGUGAUAGGUGGCGUGUUGUUAGCUUUGAUUGAAGGUGUAGGUAUCAUGUUUACGCGUAUAUCUGCUGAACAGUUUCGCAACCCUACUCCUCCGAGUGAUGAUCCAUCGGUGCUAGGAGAUCCAAAUCAACAGCAGAUGUCUUCAUCUGCACCUUCUACAUUUGCGUUUGGUCAGUCUGGACAGAACUAUCAAUAAUGAAUGUGCGAAGGAUUGUGUGAAAUCAGCAGAAGCCUCUCCGUUUUAUUUUUCAUAGAAUUAAAGCAGAACAUGAAGUAGAUUUGUUAUUACGGAGUAAGUGUACAUUUAACCAUAAUUUUAAGGGUUUGGUUAAAAAGCUUCUGAUGUUCCACUAGUUUCAAGACAAAAGUUUAUCCGUCAAUCACUUUGAAGCGAUUGAAAUUAGGCUGCUACCAAGAGCGAUUGAUAGAUAUGAGAAAAGAAAACACUGCAUCAAGCGUAAAGUGCAUAGGAUAACAUCCAUGUACGAGUUGUUCGACACUACAGAUCUAAGAAUUAUUUCUAUUUUGAAAUUAAUUAGCUUUUUAUCGAUGGCUUUAUUCGAUGCUACAAAGUGAAAUGGAGAAUUAUUCGGGUUACACUGGUCCAUGGAUACGGCUUGUGCUACGGAAAUAAAUGUUCAUGUUCAUGUUCACGUAAACACAAAUUGACAAGUUAUGAACAUCUGGUGUAAAUAGAAUACUUCUACUAGAAUAAAAAGAAUACAAAUCCUGAACAAUAUUGACGCAUAAAA